AUAAUAAUAAUAAUAAAAAGAUUUUAGUUUAAACUGAGGAAAACUUCCUAGCAAAGUGGGAUCACAAGAUCGUUAAUUAACUUCUUAACAAAAUCUCAAAGUAGAAUACUCUGCCUUGGACACUUAUCAUUGAAAUUGUUCAAUUUAUUGGAAAUGUAGUGUGGUCUUCUGCAUGGGAUAAACAGUUGGGCAGAGGGUGCUGUCAAACUCAGAUAAAAACAAAACCUUUUAGGAUGACUGUUGACUUAGGAAACUACAAAUUAACAUGAUCUCUGUUGUGUUGUAUUUUAUUUUGUUCAGCAUUUUCCAAUUACAUUUUAAUCUGGUUCUGCUGCACUUGGGAGUUUUUCUGACCUUCAUGGCCUAUGGACCUGGAGUUUGACAUCUUUGGGCUAAAUGACCUCCCUGCCAGUUCUUAUCUCUCUCCUUCUUAGCUAAUACCUUCUUUUCCCCCCAUAGGCCAGAUGGAUUCUUUUCCCCUUUUUCAAAGAUUUCCCACAAUCUAUUUUAGUUAGGAACCUUCUUCUCUCCUCUCCCCCUCUCCCAGAGCUUUCUUCAAGGGGAAUGUAUUCCUUCCCUUAAAGGACUUUUCAUCCCCUUAAAAUUGGGGUAGACCUAGCUUUCCAUUGAAGGACUGACCGCUCAGAGAAGAAGCUAAUGGCAUGUGAGAAGAAGCGGGGGUGGGGUGGGGAGGGGAAUAGGAUAGGAAGUGCUCCCCAUUACUGCCGCCAGGAAAGGUGGGGCUGAGCAAGAGGAGGCCCUCAAGACUGAGGGCGGAUCAGAGUCCUGAUGCUGCCUUUGCUGCCUGGGAGGCCUGGGAGGCUUAGGGAGGGCCAGAGCAGGAAGGAAGCUGGCAGAGAUGUCUGUGGCAGGCUUUGUUCCCCACUUGCGACCUUUCCUUUGGGAAACAGCUGGUUGCUAUUGUCCUCCUGGGUUCUGACCGAAAGGGGUCCCCCGGCUGCUCCUGACUUGGCCCUGGCACUGCGGGCAUGGCUGCCUGCAUGGCUGCCCUCCUGUGCACGCCUGCCACUGCCCAUUGCCAAUGGGCACCCCUGCAUGCUCGUGCCCGUGUCCGCCUUAGAAACGGCCGCACUGGGGCCCCCCAAGCGGCACCCCCUCCGUGAUGCUUUGUGUUCGUGUGUCUCUCUACAUCUGUGUGUUAGUAUUGUCCGUCUGUCUUGUUUCCCCUGUAGACGGAAAGCACCUUGUGCCGCCGGGCCCUCAGUGGAUAUGGCUGAUGUGACGGCCGAGGCAGCAGGGGCCUCCUCCGCCCAGGGCACGCUCAGCCCGAGGGUAAGCCAGGGGCCCUGUCCGAGGCCCGAAGGGGUGAGAGGAGGUGAGGCAGCCAUGCCCGGUGGAGGCCCCAGCGAGAGGAUGACCUGGCCGGGGCCGGCCCUGCCCCCGGCCCUCCCAACCCGCCCUUUCUCCUCAGCCGCGGCACCCAUCCCGCCCCUCACUAGGACCCGCAGCCUCAUGGCCAUGUCCCUGCCUGGGAGCAGAAGGCCCUCCACCGGAUCCCGCAGCCGGGGGCUGUACGGACGAAAUGGGCUGGCCGUGUUCUCUCAAUGUUCGCCAUGCUCUGACACCCAGCUUGGGCCUCCACCUCUUCUUCCUGCCUCCAGGCGUACCUCACCCCCCGUCAGCAUGCGGGAUACCUAUGGUACCUCCUCACUCAGCAGCAGCAGCAACUCUGGCUCCUAUAAGGGCAGUGACAGCAGUCCCACACCCAGGCGUUCGAUGAAGUAUACCCUGUGUAGUGAUAACCAUGGCAUCAAGCCUCCCACCCCAGAGCAGUACCUGACACCCCUGCAGCAAAAGGAGGUCUGUAUCCGGCACCUGAGGGCUCGGCUCAAAGACACCCAGGAUCGACUCCAGGACAGGGAUUCAGAGAUCGAUGACCUCAAGACCCAGCUGUCCCGCAUGCAAGAAGACUGGAUUGAGGAGGAAUGCCACCGGGUCGAAGCGCAGCUGGCCCUCAAGGAGGCCCGCAAGGAGAUCCGGCAGCUCAAGCAGGUGAUCGACACGGUCAAGAACAACCUCAUAGACAAGGACAAGGGGCUGCAGAAGUACUUUGUAGACAUCAACAUCCAGAACAAGAAGCUGGAGACCUUGUUACACAGCAUGGAGGUGGCCCAGAACGGGACGGUCAAAGAAGACGGGGCCGGAGGCUCCUCGGGGGGCUCUCCCGCCCGCUCCUUGACCCGAAGCUCCACCUACACCAAGCUGAGCGACCAGGCGGCGGGAGAGCGCAACGCCGACCUUCAGAGCGUGUCCACGGAAGAGGUGGGGGACAGCGGCUUUGCAGCCGCCGACGACACCCUGAGCCGGACGGAACUGUUGGAGGCCAGCAGCCUGCUCUCCUCCGGGGUGGACUGCGGCCCAGACGAAGGGUCCCUGCAGAGCUCCUUCACCUUGGGCUCCCGCCUUCCCACCAGCUCCACCUACGAGAAGCUGCUGGGGGGCAGCGGUGGGGGCGUGGAGGCCGGCGUGCAGGCCAGCUGCAUGCAGGAGCGUGCCAUCCAGACAGACUUUGUGCACUACCAGCCCGACCUGGACACUAUCCUGGAGAAGGUGAUGAAGUCACAGGCCUGCGGGUUGGCCAGCCCCGGCCCCAGCCCGGCCUGGGCCCCGGACCCAGACCUAGAGGAGGGAGGGGCUGGCCCAGAAAUGCCCUCAGGCUUCCCCGGGCCCAUGGACCUGAUCCCGGUGGACCCUAAUUCGGCCGUGGUGGUAACGGUAGGCGAGGAGCCCGUGACCCACGGCCCUUCCCCGCACGCGACCGGCCUUAACCCCUCGGUGAGCAUCGCUUGCCCUGUGGACGAAGAGGCCGCGGAGGUGGCGCAGGAGCCGAAAAGCUACUGGAGCCGGCACUUCAUCGUGGAUCUCCUGGCCGUGGUGGUGCCGGCGGUGCCCACUGUGGCCUGGCUGUGCCGGUCCCAGCGGCGCCAAGGCCAGCCCAUAUACAAUAUCAGCUCCCUCCUCCGGGGCUGCUGCACUGUGGCCUUGCACUCCAUCCGCAAGAUCAGCUGCCGUUCCCUGAGCACUUCGGGGCCCGUGGGCACCGGGGGCAGCUCCCAGCUGUGACGGCCCGGCCCGGGCACCGCGCAGCUUGGUCUGACCGCUGAUUGUAGGUCUCACAAACACACUCACACUCACAUGUGCACGGAGGGCCAUCACCUUAAUUUAUUUAGCUUUUCCAAAACAGGGAGUCCACAGUCUGGCAGGCCAGGGUAGCACGGGCAGGGCUGACGUUCUCUAAGGGCUGGCCUCCGGGGGCAGGGGGCGGGAUUUAGGGCCUGGGACGAGAGGGGGGCGGGACAUCCUCAACUUCUGUCACAGGAAGGGAGAUUCCCGCUGAAGGAAGAGGGGAAAGGGCUUCAGCUCCCGUUUUCCUGUCCACUGCCCAUCUCUGCCUCCCCAGUUCCUCCCGCCCCUGCCCUCCUCUCCUGACAUCCUCCUUAGGCAAGUCUGAAUUUGCUUUUUUGAGUAAGCUGGCUGGUCCUCAAUGUUCACGGGGCUUCCUUCUUAGUCCUUUCUUCCUUGUCUGUAAGGUCAGUAUUAUUACUUCCACUGGAGGAAAUCACUUGCCCUGGCAAACGAGGGGCAUAGGGAUCGGAACGUUUGGGAUGGGAACACAUGGCUUCUGUCUCCGCCUUUAUGGGCAACCCAGGCUGGUUCUGGGAGUGACCGAUGGAUGGAAAGAGAGAUGAGUGAGACUGUCCUGCAUUUCUUUGCCUCUGGUCGCUGGGUGGGUAGGUGAGUAGAGGUUGGAAGCAGGGCAGGGGAAAGAGAAGGGAGAAAAACAAGUGAGGGAGAGUCAGCAGAAGAUGUGGGACCUGGCUGGCUUCCCCCACCCCACAUUGAGCUGCUUGCUGAGCUUGUUCUCAGCCUGGAGGACAGGAGGUGGCUCCCCCAGGGCCCAGGGCACCAUGGGAUCCAUCUAACUAAUGUCCUGAACCCCUUUCCACCGUGUCCUAAUGCUUCUGUAAGUUAGAGCUGGCAACAUCCGGACUAUCUUCCUGGGUAUGCAGUUAUUCUUGGGAGAGCUAGGGGAUGUUCUCCAUCUCACAGACAGUAUUGGAAGAUGCUGAGGAUUCCCCACAGGAAUUGAAAAGCCAAUGGCACCCCUAAGCCAUUUUGAAAUUACUUUGCACUAUGUUCCCUUUGUAAUAACACUAUUUUUCUCAGGGGAAGUGGUUAGACAAAGCUCCACCAGCAUGUCAGGCUGCCACAGAGGAGAGAGAGGGACUUGAUUAACUGGCACUCCUCCCUUUGGAGGUUGGAGAGUGAAUGCUUAUGUCCUAGGCUGACCAAAUCCCAGCAUGUCUGGCUCUAAGGUAGAGGGAUGAAGGGCAGGAGAGGUGGAAGAGAAGGACCCCAACCCAUGCCUUUAUGCAUCUGGCUGAAAAUUCCUCAGUGCAAUAAGCCAGAGGUUAGGAUAAAGAAGCCAUGUUUUACCAGCCAGCCCUGCACAUGGAGCAUGUGGAUAGAGAACUUGCUGAGGGGCAGGACAGAGUGAGUAGACAUACUCACUAGCCAAGACCCUGCUGCAUCUCACUCACAUACACACACACACACACACACACACACACACACACACACACGCUCCAGGUAGGGACCAGAGUCACACCAACACCUCCCCAUCUCCGAGCACCGGCUCCUUCAGUGAAGUAGCUGACAUUUUUCUUUUUAAAAACAACCCACUCGCAUUCAGUCUCAUCAUUGAUUUUGUCUCCCAGCCUGGAACGCUUGGAACACAUCUGGGGUGUUGGGAAGGGUCCCCUCAAUGCUCCACUCUAUAGGCCUGUAAUUUUCUUUUUAAGAUUUGAAGCCUGGUCUUUGAGGACCAGGUCCCCGCACACAGCUUGGGCUGUUUGGCAGCUUGAAUCUGUUCACCAUCUUUGCUUAAACUGGCUCCUCACAUGCCCAUCCUUGCCCUGUCUCCUCAGACUGGGGAGCUUACUUCUGCAUGUGCAGGGGGCUCAGUCCCACUGUCCCCCAGCUUAACCGUGUGCUCCCCAAUCCACUGAGGCAGGCGGGUGUUUCUAUCAUUGAUCUUCUCCUGUGGACCCAGAGGCCCAGACUUAGGAACUACCAUCUGGGUUGAUUACCUCGGAAAGCGGGGUAGGGAGCCUUCCCUUUGGACACUGGAAUGAGAUGUGUCUGCAAUUUGGUAAUAAGGGGACUUUGGAAACCUGAUCAAAAGUGAAAAGGCCACUCGUUCUAGGAUCUAAGCCUCAUGUGCAAUGUAUUUGUGGAUCUGUGUAAGCAUCUCAUUAGACUAUCCAAAGCUUUGCUGAAAAAAUAAAUGUAUGAUUAUAUUUGAAAGGAGAAAAUCUAUAUAUUUUUCAAAAUCAGAACUUCACUGAGCUAUAAAGGCUCUGCUACUGUCUCUUGCUAUCUUACUCCCUUAUCUUGUCUACAGGCUGUAGUAAUUAAUAGCGAUCCCACCCUGUCCCUUGCUGCCCAAUCAACCCCAAUCCUUCUUCUCUGUUUGACUCACCUGGGAAAACCCCAGCCUUUGCACAGGUGUGCUUGGGCUUGGGGACGUGCUUGCCCUUAGCUCAGAGAAAGCUCUGUGGAUGUAACUCAGCCCAGCUGGGGCAGAUCCAGGUUUCUGGGAAUUAUAUGAAAGCCCAUGGAGAUUUCCAUGACUUGAGGUUUGUCUUUCAAGCCAGUGGAGAUUCCACAGGAAAGCUUUGAUGGUCUUGGUCUGACCUUGAGGGAUUUGUGUGCCGUGUACUAGUGACCAAAAUUGAUGUCACCAUGUGUAUUACAGACAGGUUGCAAAGUGAUAAAGAAGGUGAGUAGCCCCUUCACGGUCAACAUUUGUGUUGGGCAUCAGGAUGGGGCUGGAUUUUCUGCCUGUAAAACCAGAAGCUGCUGACCCCAUCUCCCUGCCCAAAACCUGGGACCAUCUCAGCUCCCCAGAGAGGCAGCUGGGGAACUUGGACCCAGGCACUUCUCACAGGACUAAAGGAUGACAAUUGACUGAAUCUGACAAGGUCUGUGGAACCUAUGCUAGCUCAGCAGGAGGGAGGAACCCCCUCAGCACCCCAGCAUUCACACACCUGCUGCUUGUUUGCUAUGUGCCUAUGUGUUUGUGAGGUGUAACCUAAGACUAUGCAAUGAGUUCAGUGCUGUCUGCCCUGGGGUGGGAAUAGGACCAAGAGAGCUUCCUCAUUCUUGCAGCCAGGUUCAAAGCAGGUGCAUCAGUGAUCUUGCAGGCCCCAGACUUCAACUGGAGCCUCCUGUUCUGACUAUGCAAAGGACAUUGAGAGACCUGGAAGGGGGUGCCCCACUUUCCAAGAAGAUGGGAAGAUUGGGACUCCAAGGCUCCUUGCCUUGCCCCUACUCUGGGGACUGUUGGGUUUUAUUCAGUUCUCUCCAUUCUUACUUCCUAGGCUAUAAAUUUCUAGGUGUUGCUCUAAGUUGAACCCUAGAAGGACAAGAAGCUUCUGGUCUACUGAGUGACCUAAAAGAAGGUUCACCCCAACAUAGACAGUGAGCUGAGCAAUACCCCUCACCCCCAUUCUUCUCCAUAACUCAGGAUCUUCUUUCCUGCUCCUAACCCCCCAAACUUCUUCUAGGGGCCCUUGGUUCCUGAGUUAAUUGUCUGCAGUGGCAGAUUCUCUCAGGAGCUGGGCUUGGCUCUAACAGGAUCAACAACUCCCCCAUGAUCAUAGUCCAGCUCUAGGAGGCUGCUCUGGGUCUCAUCUCUCCUUAUCCAAACCCUCUAAGUUAGAACAUCUUGAUAUGUAUCUGUGAUUGGUUCCUUUGCUUGCAAAGAUCUGGGGCCUCAAGAGUGGAAUUUAAGACAAUGUCUCCUAAGGGGAUUACUUAGUUCUUCACCAGAAUGCUCUUGCCUCCUACCCCAUACCCUGGCAUCGCAUCAUAUUGGUCAGAGGGUAUGGAUUAGUUUUCUCUGCAACAACUCCCUAGCUCCCUUUCCAUCUGUCUGCUCAGGGAAGAAAAUCAGAGCUAUGGGAGACCAGAAUUCCUAGAAGGUAAACUGAGGCCACAUCUAAAAGUUAUACCAAUUUCUUGAGGGGGGGAGUGGGAAUUUUUUGGGGGAAGAUGGAUGGUGAUAAGAAGCAAGGUCGUAAGAAGUAGGAGGUAUCUCUUGUCUCAUCUCCUUUCUCUCUGGUCUUUCGUUCAAGUGGUUGGAACUGCAGCUGAACCAAGCAGUUCUGUAUUAAAGCAUGAAAGCCACACCCCAGUGUCCUGCUCUCUAUAUUGCGCCUCUGCAGGGGGGAAGGAGGGAGGGAGAAAAACUCUAGACCUGCUUUAGUGUACUAAAGAGGGGAUCAAUGAAGGAUGAACUAGAAAGAACACUGAAUUUGAAGUUGGAAUAUUGGGGCUAGAAUCUCAAUGAUGCUGUUUGUAACUCAUGUAACUUUGGACAAAUUCAUUCCCUUCAUACAAGACUUUACUCAUUAGACAUAUAAGGGGUUUGGUAUAAAGUAUGCUUCAUGGCUUAGCCCUUUGAAAUUUAAAUACCUUUAAAAAAUCUGAUUCAGAGACACAGGUUGAAAGCCUUCCACAUGGAGAGCAGUUUUCUGCAAACGCUAGCACUAUCCAAAAAAGAAACAAGUGGCUGUGGUUACUCUGUAGCAAAAUUAACAGAAGUGGAGAAAUUAAAAAUAAUAUUAGUUUAAAAAGUGGCUAUUUCCAUGGAUAUUCAACACAGUAUGCACCAUACACUGUGCUCAGAAAUGAGGACUCAAAUACAAACAGUGUGUUCUAAAGGAGAAAGAAGGCAUUUGGGAAAAUUGUGGCUAGGGAAGACUCUUGUUUAGGAAGUCACAGGGAUGAAGAGUGGAGCCAAAGAGAAAGAUUGACUCAUUCUUUCUGGGAUUAUUCCCAAAGCUACAGAUGGAAAGCUAUAGGAGUUGGGAUGUUAGAAAGCUGCAGAGCAUGGUGGUGGGUCUAGGCUGAUAUUGGAAAACCCUCCCCACCAGAAGCCCCUCAAAACAACUGUUUCAUCACCUGUUCUCUGGG